CCCACCUGGGCGGCCUGGACCCGACGAUGACCCGCUCCGCGGCACCCGCCGCCCUCGCCGCCGCCGCGCUCGGCGCCGCCGCGCUGCUCGGCGCGCGCGGCGCCGCCUUCGCCGCGCCGUCUGGCGCAGCGGGCGCGGCUCUGCACAGCGCAGCGGCGGCCGGCCGGGCCGCGCCGGCGGCCGCUGGCGCCCCGCCGGCCACCGGGGCCGCGGCGGCGCUGGCCGCGGCUGGGCUGGUGGCGUCCGGGCUGCUCGGGCGGCGCCAGGCGCGCGCCGCGGGGGCGGCGGCGAAGGCCGUGCGCCGCGACCUGGCCGUGGCGUACGAGGACAGCGGCAUCGACCUGCUCGACAACGGCCAGUUCGCGCAGGGCCUGGUGGGGGCCGAGGGCGCGUGGGGCCGAUACGAGUUCGACCCCGCGGGCUUCUCGCGCUACACGGAGUUCGUGCCCUGGUUCCGCGAGGCGGAGCUCAAGCACGGGCGCAUUUGCAUGCUCGCGUGGUUGGGUCUGGUGGUCCCAGACUUCGUGCGCAUCCCGGGCGAGCGCUACUCCUUCGAGGCCGUCCCCUGCGUCCUCGAUGCUCACGACCGGCUGAAUGGGAGCGUGGGCGUCAAUGUCCAGAUCCUCAUUUGGAUCUCGGUCGUGGAGCUGUGUUGCGCCAAGAAGGUCUUCGAGUGGAACUCCGUGGAGUGUGCGGGCGACUACAACUUCGGGAUCCAGUUCCUGCCCAAGGACGAGGAGGGUCAGAAGCGGCUGCGCCUGGCCGAGCUCAAGAACGGCCGCCUGGCCAUGAUCGGAUUCGGCGGCGCCGUCACUCAGGCCGUGCUCACGCACAACCCCUUCCCGUGGCUGUACUGA